AAAGAGAAUUCAGGAGAAGAAUAAGUUUCAACUGGGUCCUCUCUCCUCCUCUCUCUCUCUCUCUCAACUCGUCUUGAUUUCGAGCCAUUUCUUUUUUCUUGGUCAUUUUGCCUGUAGGAGACGGCCUCGUCCUCGUAUAGAGAGUCAACCGGAAUUCGAUCGCGCUGUCAGGUUCUUUGUCCUUUCUUCUGCUGAAUCUUGGAAUUCCCAUUCCAACCAUCGGUAUGGGGCAAUGUGUAGCCAAGUUCUUUUUGUCAAAAAGAUUCUAUGUUGUUCAUGGUGCUUCCAGCAAGAAACAAAAGAUGACGACUCCGACCACUACCACAUUGAUUUUGCUAGCGGCAAUGUGCAUCUCAUCACUACUAAAGAGAGCUGGGAUGAAAAGUUAUCAGAAGCUAUUAAGGACGGAAAGAUAGUUAUAGCAAACUUUAGCGCAACCUGGUGUGGUCCUUGUAGAGUGAUUGCGCCUUUCUUCUCUGAGAUAUCCGAGAAGCACCCUUCUCUCAUGCUUCUUCUUGUCGAUGUGGAUGAACUAACUGAGUUCAGCACAUCGUGGGACAUUAAAGCAACCCCUACUUUCUUCUUUCUUAAAGAUGGGAAACAAGUUGACAAGCUCGUGGGAGCCAACAAGCCGGAGCUUCAGAAGAAGAUAACUGCGAUUUUAGACUCGGCCGGGCAAAGCCAGAUCUGAAUGGUGGACUGCUAGAGGUGGGGAGAACAAAGCUAAGCCCUUUUUAAAUGUUGUGAAACCACGUAUAUGCAGGUCCCCAAGUUGUAAAAUGCUUUCCGCUGCACUUGUUCUGGAAUGUAAAUAGAAAUGCUUGAGGAUGACGAACGGUGAAAUGUCUGUCCGUUCUCUUUAUCGUGUCCUCGAUAUCUGUGCUGCAUGGAGAAUCUCGAUCGGUUUGGAUCGAAUUUUGAAAAAUCUCUCUAUUCAGAGCAGUAAAGCUUAGUUCGUUGCAAA